GAGCUUGCUCGUUUGUGCUCUCUCUCUCUGUGUCUGCCCUGCACAAUUUGAUUGCCGAUGGGGGGAACUUAAGAUUGAGAGAGAGAGAGAGAGAGAGAAAGAGAGAGGAAAAGUGGCAGAGCUCAUCAGCAGCUGUUGCAGUGGCAGCAGUAGCAGGAAGGGAAGGGAAGGGAAGGGAAAGGAGGAGCUUGAGUGUCGAGGCUGGUGGGAAAAGCCGUGGGCGGAGGAAGGCACUUCCGUUAUCGGCGUGCGAAUCCAAGAGUGAGAGCGAGAGGAACGGAUUGAGAGAGAGAGCCUGGACCAGUUUUUUAUUUAUUUCCAUGGUCUGGAUGUUCGAAAAAGAAGCAUCGCUUUUGAAGGAGGAGAGUGAGACUCUACCUCAGCCUGUAUCUGCGCCAAGCUCGGGCCAUGGGCAGACGAGGCGGCAAGCUGAUUAGAAUCAUGGAGCAGCAGCAGCAGCAGCAGCAGCAGCGAGGGGAAUAGGAUGGGAAUUUCGGAACAGAGGCCGGUUGAUGAGGCGGCUGCGUGCGACUUGCAAGAGCAGGCGCUGCCCAGCGCAGAGCGAUAAACCUCGGCACAAGGCAGGCAUGAGUAUCAGGAAUCUGCCAGGGACGGGACGAUGAGACGUGGGGACAGUCUCACGGGGAGCAAGAUGGAUGACUGAGCAAGUCGACUAGUUCCGGAACCGGAUACGAUUGUGUUGUCGAUGAGGUGAAAGAGACUUUUGAUGAGUCGGUGAGAGCUUCGAUUCUGGCGCAUCGUCCUGACCUGAGGAACCCGACCUCCAAGGGUCCAAGGGCGUCUGCCAUUGAGUCCAUUUCUGUGUCCAAAACCUUCAUGGGGACCAGACUGCCCCUCGAGGCCUAGCGGGCUGAAAAAGUAGCCGGAACAGUCGGUUUGAUCAAUCCUCGAUCUCUGCAGUAGGUCGCCGGCGCAUCCCCUCUGCCCUGUCGGCUGCCAAAAUUCUUGCGCUGCUGGGGUUUAUCGCAUGAGCAGCGAGUCACUUCGCGCGCCUCCGGUUCUGGACGAGAGCAAAUUUUCCAGGUGUUGGGAUUAGGCUCAGAGCCAAGAAGAGCGCAAAGCACUCGCGAAGAGUUGCGCCGAAGGGGUAGUGGAGGGGAAGAAUAUGGCAAUUGAUCCGGAAGGGAUGGCGGGCGAGAGUCGCGAGCGGGCGAGAUUUCAAGUCCAUGGAGGCAGGAGCUAGAAGGCGACGAGGGAGGCUUCUUCGUCGUGCGGAGAGAAGAGACGAGGGGCGGAAUGGGCACCAACCGCUUCACCGGCAAUUGCAAGAAGGGCCCGAGGUUGAUUCUGCGCAACCUGAUGAAAGGAUGCUGGACGCCGAACGAGGUGGCUCCGAUGAGGAAGAUAGUGGAGGAGGAGAAGCUGAGCGAGCUGUCGCUGCUGAAUUCGCUGCCCGAGGACCUGUGGCUGGAAUGUCUGGCGCGAGUGCCGCGCAGCUCGCUGCAGACGUCGAUGAUGGUGUGCCAGAAGUGGCGGCACACGCUGAAAUCGGGCGAGUUUUACGAAGUGCGGAGGAAAAUUGGCAUGGUGGAGAAUUUGCUCUUCGUCUUCGGAGGGGCGGGCACGGGCCUCGCGUCGGCCGUGUACUGCAAGAGCUCGGGCGGGUGGAAGGCCGGGCUGCUGUGCACUGUGCGAGCGCUGGAAGAGAACGACUGGCUGCUGAAUUACCACAACGCCGAUCACUGCCUGCUGCACGCGCAGCCGGCCGUGGUCAAGCACCGGAUUUUCGUGCUCGGGGCCAUCCCAUCCUGCGCUGCCGUGGGCGAGCGCGAGUGCACCAUCGUGUACGACGCAUGGACCAAAACCCUCACUCGAGGCGCGCCCAUGAUUCAUCCGCGCAAAAAAUUCGCCUGCUGCGUAAUCGCCAACCGGAUUUACGUCGCCGGGGGCUGCAGCCGCGACGAAUUGAGCCAGGAAGCAUUGAUGGAUGCCGAGGAGUACGACCCGGAGCUCGACCUCUGGAAGCCCAUCCCCAACAUGCCCAAGAAACGCUACGGCUGCCUCGGGGCGGCGGUGAAUGGCAUUUUCUACGUGAUCGGAGGCUUGAAGCUCAGCAGUAUGUCGGGUUUGUGUAUGCAACCGUACGCGUAUGUGGGCUCCAUGGAUUCCUACAACCCUAGAACCAACUCGUGGCUCAAAACCAAGAGCCUGCCCAUGGGAGGGUGCGUCAUCGCUUGCACGGUGGUGAGAUCUUCGAUCUACAUGCUCUCGAGCUUGGCAGUGGAGCUGUCAUUUUGGAAGUACGAUACCGAGAACGAGCUUUUCAGCAAGAUAAAUUCCCCGCCCAUUCCCUCGCCUCUGAGGAUCGACAAUUAUCUCAAGUUCUCGUGCGUGACUAUAGAAACUUCCGUGUAUAUUAUCCAAGUCGGAGGAUCCAUCGACGAUCUCUUGCGCCGGAGUGGCCGCCAUGGCCGGGGUCUCAAGGAGGGUCUCGUGCUCAUCUACGACACGAUUUCCGAGGAAUGGUCCAGGGGACCCGAUUUGCCGUAUGUGAAAAAUGGGGCGACGUGCGCUGUUGUCUUAUGCUGAUGCAAAUUCGCCUGCCCCAUUCUCCCGGACGACGAAAGCCAUAGACCCACAGAUGUGCAGUCGUUUCCAUUGACACCGAGCCGCAUCUGGAGACGAGACGACAGAGUAGGGAGUCUCUAAGGUUUCAGAGUAACCUCAGAACCGACCGACGGUAGACAGAAAUUCAGAGAAACCUCUUCAGGUGAUGCUUGGAUUCUGUCUCAUGGAAUCCACGGAUUUGUUUCCUAUUUUUGAUCCUAUUUUCCAAGUUCAAUCUGUUGUGAUUUCUUUGACCCAGUUCAGUCCCUGUGUUUGAAAGCCUUGUACUCUAUAUUCAUUCGGCACCAAAAGCACUCAGGAGGUAGGAAGUAGGGCCUUCCGGAAGCUUUUAUAGUCGCCCACUUCCCAUGGCUUGUUGCAAAGAGGCUAAAGAGCCUCACGAUCAUAUGAUUAAUUUCAACGAAAAUGAAACAUACCUCGUUCUCCUCAAGUCCAAUUGGCACGGAGAUUUUCAAGUCCA